UGGCGGUGUGUUAGUCUGCAUUUUCUUUACUGUUUGCCAAAUGUAAAACUCAAAAAUAUCUCGUCAUAUUCGAUAGUUCCAUACCUUCUACUAUUCUUUGAUACCCUUAGGUAUCGUUUUUCUGGUUCUGUAUCAAUAGCAGCCCUUACUAUACAUGUCAUAUCCUCUACCACUAGACUGGCCCCGAGAGCACAGUUAGUAGAGCUUACGCCUCAGGAACGUUGACGGUUGACUGAUGAUGUCACAGGUAUCCAAGAAUAGUGCAGGGGCAAGCUCAGAGACGACGGAGGCAGGACCUGGCCUCCUCUACUCUCGCUCAGUUGUCACCCCUCCCGGGAAGAGUGGCAUGGAGAAGAGUGAGGUCACGGGAACGGCGACUACGAUGACUUCGGUCACAUCAAGCUCGAUGUCCCCGGUACCAGGAGUGCUCAACCUGCACCCUAACCUCCUGUCGUCUUUUCAGCAGGCAAAAAUGACUGCUCCCGCAUUGCCAGCCAAUAAGCUCAAGGUGACUGGCAAUGCCGGAACCAAUCAAAAUGGAGCAGUGUCUAAGACGCUGGGGAACUCUGGGCUGGAAGCUGGAGGAUUCAUAAAUGGAGGGGGCUCCUUGGCUGGAGUAUCCGUUGCUGGAGGAUCCGCCACUGAAGGAGCCGUAACGGCCAAAGCUAAGAGUUCUCCGUCAGAGAUGUCCGCCCUGCAGCAACAGUUUGAGCACCUACAGAUGAUUAACGACUCCUUGGCAAACACAAAAGAGAAAACACCGAUGUGUCUGAUCAAUGAACUGGCUCGCUUCAACAAGGUCCAGCAUCAGUACACCUUGAUUGAUGAACAAGGGCCAGCUCACAAGAAGACAUUUUACGUCAAACUAAAACUGGGGGAGGAGGAGUACUCAGCCCAGGGCCCAAGCAUUAAGAAGGCUCAACACGCUGCUGCAUCUUCUGCUCUAGCAGCUACGGCACUCGAGCACCCCCCGCCAAAGCCUCCUAGAGCUACCCUGGUUGGUGGAAAUGGUGUGAACAACAUCACCCCUACUGUGGAGCUGAAUGCUUUAGCCAUGAAGCGGGGGGAGGCAGCUGUCUACAAACCCAUAGAACCUCGCCACCCCUCGUACUACCCACCCCCCAACUUUGACUUCAGGGGCAUGUACAACCAGAGGUAUCAUUACCCCCGAAUGCCUAGGAUGUUCUACACCUCGCUGAAGGUGGGUCCGCGGGAGUUUAUCGGGGAGGGGCCCACACGCCAAGCUGCUCGUCACAUGGCUGCCACAAAAGCCCUCAAGAUCUUGCGGUUAAUCCCUCUCCCCAACCAGAGCGCGGGAAAGAUCAAAGACGAGCCUGACAUCACAAAGACUGAGAUUCUGGAUGAGAAGGAUAACUUGAAAUCCGAGAUCAGCCUGGUCCACGAAAUCGCCCUUAAGAGAAACCUUGAGGUUGUCUUCCAGGUGACCCGGGAGUCAGGCCCUCCCCACAUGAAAGUCUUUGUGACACAGUGUCGUGUGGGAGACUACACCACUGAGGCGCAAGGCAACAGUAAAAAACUCUCCAAGAAAAAAGCUGCGGAGAAAAUGCUUGAGCAGUUACGUCAGCUGCCUUCUGUCACCUCAACUAGUCAAAAAGCCAAACCAAAAAUGAUGACAACCAAAAAGAAAAACAGAAACUUGAUCAAGGUAGAGACGCUUAGUACCGCUCAGAAAGCCGACCCAGGCUACGGGGUAGGGAUCAACCCUAUUAGUCGCCUCAUUCAGAUUAUGCAGGCUCAGAAGAAGAAGGAACCAGUCUAUACGCUGAUCACAGAGAGGGGACAGCCCAGGCGGCGAGAGUUUGUUAUGCAGGUGUGCGUUGAAGACAAGACAUGCACAGGUGUGGGACCCAACAAGAAGUUAGCCAAGCGUAAUGCGGCUGAAGAGAUGUUACAGCUGCUGGGCUUCAGCCGACCCUCACCCCAGCCCUCUAAACCAGCUCUCAAGUCGGGCAUUUCUGAUUUUGCAUCUGGAGACAAAAAAGUAACGUUCAGUGAUCCAGAAGAUGGUAUUGCUACCAAUGGGAAAGGUGUUCGGCAGCUCAUGCCUGGGCUUCUCUUCUUACCUGAGAAGAGUCGCCAGCCCAAUGUGGGCAGACGCAACCUGGGCUCACUAGCAGGGGGAGACAACCUCCAGGUGACAAACUUUCUCAAUAUGAACACUGGAUUGAGAGCCGAACAACAACUGGUUGCCAUAGCGAAAGCUAAUAAUUUUACUGUGGAAUUUGACGACUUUUCUGGCAAGGAAUGCCUGUGCCGCGUGACAAUGUCCACAACACCCACUCACUCAGUUCAUGGCACUGGUCCCACUCGUCAGGCUGCCAGAGACACUGCCUCCUUCGCAGCACUCAAACAUCUGGUCGAGAGUGGCACUGUUGACUUGAAGGCAAUCGCCGCAGGGGAAGACAAAGUUGUCAGUGGGGAUGGGCCAGUCAAGUCUACCAAUGACGUUGGGAUCACCAUGAAAGGUGGACUUGUUGGAGAUUCCCUGCGAACAACGGCUACUCUCUAACAUAUUACCGACUAAAGUCUUUCCCUUUUGAUUGGUAUUGGCACAAACUCUACAGAAAUAACAUUCAUUCCUAGUGUCGUGUUGCUUACUCAGCUGUGAAGGGGUUUCCGCACCUGAGUGUUUAAGCACACUGUUACCCUGUGCUGCAUUUUGUUUUAGGCUUUCUUUGAUGAUUUACAUGAUCAGUAAGAAUUUUGAUAAUCAGUUAUUAAUUAACAACAAAUGGUUUGUACUGUUACAUUUAGACUGUUGACUUUCUCAUUGGGAUUCAUUUUUAGUGUACUGGUGAAAAUGAAACUUAAUGAAAAAUUAAAACUUGAUGGAAAAUAUUGACUUUUGAAUAUUGUGCGUUCCAGCUUGUGAAGUUUUACUAAGAUGUGCGCGCAGCUUCGGAAUAUCCCACAAGUUCACAGUUUUUGAUUGUGGAGGUUACUUUGAAAAUACAUGUAUUUCUGUGAAGUUUUGUCUGCAGGGUUUUAGGGAUAUACACGGUGUAUACUGAACAACAACAGACUUGUACAGGCACUCGAUGUCGCUCUUAAUUCUUUGCCUAUACUGUCUAGUUUACCCAGGCAUGAAAGCCAUGGGUUUCUCACAUUGUUGAGUAAUACCGAAUGCAAAUGGAGUGACAUCGAGAGAUUUUCUGAAGUCUUCAAAUUGUGUUCAAAAGUUAUGCCCCUUGGCAGUAUUGACCGCCAGAGUUGCUGUGAGACGUAACUUUGGAAACAAUAGAGGCUACAGUUUGCAAGGUGGUGUUUCUGUUUUAUUAUAAAAGGGUUAUUAUAAUGAUCAGAAGUGCUUCUUAGCUUAUAAAUCGUGAAUUCACAGCUUCAUGUUUUCUUCAACCUUUCUGUUACGUCAUCCUUCUUUGUAAUGAAUCCGAGAUCAAUGCAGAUAAUUCGAUUAAUUUAUGUUGCAGAAUGACCUAAGUUGUUAUUUUGUUGAAGUAUUUUGAAAUAGACUUGUUCAAAUGCAUCCCAUAAGUAUCAAUGUAAGGAAUAUUUUACCACCUUAAUACUGGCCGAGAAGACCAGUAUUACACCAAACAAAAAUGUGUUGGCCUAAGCUUUCCCCUGGACCAACAUUGUCGUCUGUUGUAAAACCCACAAUUAGACUGAAACAACAUGAAAAAAGUUCUAUUUCUUUGGGGAGUUUGAAAAGCAAGCUGACACAAUUUUUUGUUUCUGUUUAGCACUUUUCAGCCAAAACAACUCCCGCACAAAUUCAUUUUGUUUCAAAUUCUGUCGCCCACUAUCCAAAAACUUAGUCCCUUUUAAAUGUAUAAAGUGCGUUUUCAUUGUUAUCCUAUUUUUGCGGUGGGUUGGGGACAGGGCACACCAUUGGAUCCAAAACAACAUGUACACAUGGAAAGUUGGGUUGGGAUAUGGGUGAGAAAUUCACAGUCUUGACAUUGAAAAGAGCCGUGAAAGUCGGUAUGUACGUGUACAUGUUACCCAGGGUUUUCAGCGAACCAUCUGGGAGCUAAAUCUUUACCUUAAAACAGCAGAAUUCUGUAUCUUGUACCCUCAGGGUGAAUAUCAGAUCUUAAUCCUAAUAGUGUCACCCAUUAGGAUGGAUAUCAGAUCUUCAUCAUAAUAGGUUAAGUUCACUGACUCUAGAGGAUAUCAGAUCUUCGUCCUAACAUGUUCAGUUCAGUGACUAAGGUGAAUAUCAGAACUUUGUCCUAAUAGGAUCACUUACAAGAGAUGAUGUCACAUCUGCAUCCUAAAAGGAUCAGUCACAUGGGUGGAUAUUAGAUCUCCACCCUAAUAUGAGCGCUUUUUCUAUUUGUAGGUCUGUUUUUUGGGGGUUUUUUUUAGGGUGGACAACAGAUUAUUCUGCUAAGAUUAUGCCACUCUUCUGUUCUGAAACCUGAUAAUCGACAUGUUCCAGAUUGGUCUUUCUUUUGUAGGGAUCUGAACAACCCCUUUAGUUCGAAAAUUAUUUAUUUUCCUGUACAUUGCAACAAAUUGCGUUGUACAUGUACCACUGUAUAAUAUGAUUUUAAGCUUUUGUUUUUUUCCUUUUUUUAAGAGGAGAAACUGUUCUGUUAGUACUCUUUGUUAGCGCUCUUUGCCAUGAACUUAAAUGUUGCAGUGACAUUGAUAUCACCUAGUACGGUGAAGGGUGUGUAGACAUGUUCGUGCUUGGGUUUUAUACACCUACCCUUGUAUUUGUAUGGGCAACGGGCAUGGCAUAUUUUUAGGCCCACUUACCAGGUAUGUCGUCUGUCAGGGUUUGGCCAAUGUUUGUACCCACGCAGCAGAUCUGUUGCGAGUCGUGGUGCAGAGUUUGACUAAUGUUUGAGCUUAAUCAGCAGAUAUGUUGCAAGGUACGGUGCGGAGUUGGCCUAAUGUUUGUGCUUAGUCGGCAGAUGUGUUGCGAGUCAUGGUGCGGAGGUUGGCUAACACUUGUGCCCAGGCAGCAGAUAGGUUGCGAGUCGUGGCGCGGAGUUGGCCUAAUGGUUGUGCCAAUUCAGCAGAUAUAUUGCGUGUCAUGGCCCGGAGUUUGGCAAAUGUUUGUACCCACUCGGCAGAUAUGCUGCGAGUUAUGGGAUGACAUCCAUUUACAGAACAUCAUUUUCUGUGUUUCGUGUGAGCACUUCAAGUUGACCACACAAAAGCACGCCAUGCUGGUUUGUAUGAAGUACAUCAUCGCUAACCAAGCUCGGAUUUGUAGCAUUUCAGGCGCCCUUAAGCCUUAUCGUUUUGACAUAGUCUCUACUUAAGUUAAUAAACUGCAUUGUUGUUGUUGGCUUUACAACUGGUUUAAUGCUAUAUAGCCCUGAAUGGAUGAUGUUCACGUCGGCUCAUUGUUUGAGGUAAAAUUCACACAAAAAAAAAAUAAAGAAAGGUUGGAAAAGAA